UUUUAAAAUUUAGAUUGUAAUAAUAUAAUGAAGUGUGAUAUAUAGGCCCGUGAAUUUUAUUUUUUAUUUUUUGGUCCUUGACACCAAAAAAGUUGCUCACCACCAUAGAAUUCUAAAAAACCUCUAUAAGUAUAGCCUAUUUAGUACAUAACUUUUAACAUUAUCCAAAAUUGACUGGCUAAGGUUAACAUUAUCUGGAUAAUGUUGAUAUUUCAAGUUUAUAAAAGAUAAAAUUACACAUUAGCCAACACGGAUGGCUAAUGUCGACAUUAUCCGAAUGUUAACAUUACCCGUAACAUAUAUAUAUAUAUAUAUGUAGGUACAAGUUAUCGUCGAUAACAACUGCAGCUAGGCCUCAUAUACUGAAUUAGUAACCAAUUAGUACGUCCAGAACUAAACAAGUAACAAUACUAAAUUAUUAAUAUUGCCAAAUUCAGUUGUUUGGUUGACAGUGCGGCAACAACGUAAUAUAGUGUAAUAGUGUAUAAUAUAGUGGUGUAUAAUGGAAAACUUUAAAAUUAUAACGUCUGAACGCGGAAAAGAUCUUGUAUUAUUAAAUAAUGAUAAAUAUUCAUAUGUAAGAACACGCAAAGAUGGAUUAAUGAAAUGGAAAUGUUCCAAUAACAGCUGUAGUGCCAGUUUAUUAACAAAAAUAGACAAUACUUUCAAUUCGUCAAAUGGUGAACAUGUAAAUCAUGCAAGUAAUAACAGCGAAAAAAUUGAAAGACAGAUUUUGAGGGAAAAUUGUAAUCGAAAAGCUGAUGAAAAUACAUCGACAAGACUGUUAAAAGUUAUUAGAACAGAUUUAUUAAACAGUGACUUACCAAAUAUCAUGAUUCAUGAACAAUGAUAUUACGUCAGUGCGAAAGGCGAUUUAUGAUAAAAAAAGAAAACAGUAUCCAAUUAAUCCUACUUCUUUAAAUGAAGCUAUAUCCCAAUUAAAAAAUAUGCAAAAUAAUGAUUUAUGUAUGUUUAAAAGUGAACAAUUUGCUAUUGUUCCUGAAACAAAUAACUUCGUUUGUAUAACAACUAGCCAAAAUUUAAAUUUUACGUCGAAACAAACUGAAUUUUAUGGAGACGGUACAUACGAUUUUGCACCAAAAUUUUUCUUACAACUAUAUACAUUACACACAUACGAGAAUGGUUUUUACGUGCCUAUUGUUUAUUUUUUUUUACCAAACAAAACAAAACAAAUUUACAUUAAAAUGUGGAAGUAUCUUUUGCAAAUAUGUCCAGCUCUAAACGUUAAAAAGCUGCAUCUCGACUUCGAAAUUGAUGCUCACGAAGCAGUCAAAGAAAUUUUUCUCAAUGCCAUUAUCGAAACUUGCCGUUUUCAUAUAGCCCAAGAUUGGUGCAGAAAGAUAAACGGAGAAUCAGAGUUGAGAAGUGCAUAUAAAGACCGGUUGAUGACAUAAGUGCCAAAAUAAGAUAAGAAAAAAAAAGUCGUAUCGUACAAAAGCGCUAGAAAUUAAAUAAUAGAUAUUAAAUUUAGAACUAUUGAUUA